GUCAGAAAAUUAGUUUCAAAAAAUAGGUAAUAAUUAAAGUUUUGACCCAGAAUCUGACGUGACAUUAACAAUUUACAUAAUUAUAUUAAUUAAUAAAUUACGAUAUGAUAUUGAAACAGCUGGCAACGUUGUUAAGUUAUUACCCUGACAGUUGAGAAUUUCACAGAAGGCAUUCCCGCCAAGAAUUUACAAACUUAAAGGGAUAACCUUAACAAUUUUUUUAUUUAAGAACUAGGUUUUUUAUCAGUUUUUUUUGUUUUCAUUUGUUGAGAAUAGUGUUAUUGAGAAAGUGAAAUAAAUAGUUAAAUCCUAAAAUGCCAAAUAAUGAGAACUGUAAUGCAAAUAAAAAAAUAAAAACUGAAAAUAAUUCUGCAAAAAUUAUAAAAAAUAACAAUAAACUCGUUAUGAAAUCUGAAAGAUGUAUAGUUUGCAAACAAUUUUCUGAUUCUGUUUUAUAUUAUGGAGGUCAUCCGAAUUAUUCCAAUGAUGAAUUUAUUGCUCUUACAGAUGAAAAACUAUCCUUAUAUACAGGAAAAGAGCAACUGUAUAAUGAUGACGAUAUUCCGACUCAUAAGAUUACUUAUUUUACUGUUUAUGACAAAAUGGGGCAUCUGUGUUCAUUUGAUUGUGGUUUAAUUGAAAAAAACGUUUCACUGUAUUUUUCUGGAUACAUCAAACCUAUAUAUGAAGAAGAUUCUAGUCCAGAUAAUGGUGUACCAGCACAUGAUCUUGGACCCAUUGAUGAAUGGUGGAUGGCAGGUUUCGAUGGAGGUGAAAACCUUCCAAUUGGAUUUACAACUCAAUUUGCUCACUACUAUUUGAUGAGUCCAUCUAAGGAAUAUGAGUCUAUAUUUAGUAAUAUUAAAGAAAAAGUAAAAAUGGCAAAAUAUGUAACUGAGUAUGUUUAUGAUCAUGCAUACGAAAAUCCAACAUAUGAAGACUUAGUUGAGAAUAUCAAAGGUAGUGGAGAAUUCAAAGAUGUAGAAGAUUUGUUGCUCCAAAAUGCACAGUUCAUUUGUGAUCAGGUAACUGGUAUUGAUGAGACAGCUGAAGAAGAUGACCUACAAUUAAUAACACUUCCUUGCAUAAGAUCUCUGAUACAAAUAGCUGGUGUAGCAUUUAGGAAACGUAGAAAAGUUAGAAUAAUUAAUAAGAUUUCAAAAACAAAACAUACUAUGACUAAAGCUGUAACAACCAAAUUAGUGCAAGAUGUAUUUGAACAAUUCUUUCCUGAUCAAAUUAACAGUAAUGUGGAAAACAAAGGACCAAAGAAGAAACGUUGUGGUGUUUGCGAGCCGUGUCAGUCUCCUGAUUGUGGGGAAUGUAACCAUUGUAAAGAUAUGUUGAAAUUUGGAGGAAGUGGUAGAGCAAAACAAGCUUGUAAACGUAGAAGAUGUAUGCAAAUGGCAAUAAUUGAUGCAGAAAUAUCUGAAAAUGAAGAAGAAAAUGAUGUCGAAGAUGAGCAAAAGCAUCAGAAAGUUAAACAUUUAUCAAAAAAAAUAAUACAUAGAGUUGAAUGGAAAGAUAAAGCUGAAAGAAAAUAUAAAGGAUAUGAUUGCUAUAGAUCUGCAGAAAUAGACAAUUUUACUGUCCAAGCAGGAGAUUAUGUUAUGUUAAGAUCGGAGAAUCCAAAAGAUCCAUUAGCAAUUGCUAAAAUUGUUUACAUGUAUGAUGAGUUCCUUAAAAAAUUCCACGGUCAGCUUAUGUAUAGAGGAACAGAUACUAUUCUAGGAGAAACAGCAGAUCCAAGAGAAUUAUUUGUAGUAGAUGAAUGUGAAGAUCUUCUCCUUGGAAGUGUUCUCAGGAAAGCAAAUGUGAUAUAUCGUAAAGUUCCAGAAGACUGGUCAAUUAUAGGAGGAAAUUUAAAUUUAGAGGAACCUCUUGAAGAUAAUGGUAAAGAUUUCUUCUUUAGCAAAAGAUUUGAGACCAAUAGAUUUGUAGAUAUUGUUUUUGAUUCUGAACAUAACAGUGACGGCUGUGAAUCUUGCAGAAGGCGGCAAAAAUUGAAUGAGAUCAAUACUCCAACACUUGUAGCUAAUUGUAUUAGUUGGAGAAAUGAAAGUUACACGAUCGGUACUGGGGUAUUUCUACAUCCAGAUGUUUAUAUUUUUGAAUACAUCCAUAAACGCUCAAAUGAAAACAAUGGAGAUAUAUGUGAUUUAGAUUCUGCAGAACUAUAUCCAGAAUAUUAUAGGAAAAAUUUUGAAAAGGUAAAGGGAUCUAAUGAAAAUACUCCAAAUCCAUUUGUUAUUGGCUCAAUAGAAGACAUAUUUGAUUCUAAAAACGAUAUCAAUAUUAAAGUCAGGAUAUUUUUUAGACCCGAAAAUACUUUUGGCAUGUUAUCUUCUGCAUUCACCAAGGAUAUAAAUUAUUUAUAUUAUAGUGACGAAAUGAUAACUGUAUCAUUUGAUAAAGUGAUGGGUAGAUGCUACUUAGCUUAUGGAUAUAAUUUUGCAUCUUCAACUGAAUGGUCAGAACAAGGACCAUACCGAUUUUAUUUUCUUGAAGCUUAUGAUGCUAAAAAGCGUAAAAUAUUCGAUUUACCCGCAAAAGCAAAAAAUAUUGGUAUAAUAGGAAAAGGAAAAGGUGGUGGUAAAAUAAAGGGCAUGGCAAAACAACGGAUGCAAUUUGCAGAACUGCCAACAGAUUGGGAAAAAAUUGAAAGACCUUUAGCAACAAUGGAUGUAUUCGCUGGUUGUGGUGGUUUGUCUGAAGGUCUUAAAAUGAGUAAAAUUGCAGAAUCUAAAUGGGCGAUCGAAAGGGAUGUAGCUGCAGCUAACGCUUUCAAACAAAACAAUCCUAGUUGUCGAAUGUUUAUAGAGGAUUGUAAUGAUAUAUUAAGUUUCAUUCUUAGCGGUCAAGCCAAAGAUAAUGGAUUACCUGAGAAAGGUGAAGUGGAAAUGUUGGUGGGAGGACCGCCAUGUCAAGGAUUUUCAGGAAUGAACAGAUUCAACUAUCGAAAUUAUUCUUCCUUUAAGAAUUCUUUGGUGGUUUCAUAUUUAACUUUCUGUGAAUAUUACAGACCAAAGUAUUUCAUCUUAGAAAACGUGAAAAAUUUCGUAUCUUUCAAAAAAAGUAUGGUUUUAAAAUUAACGUUAAGAUGUCUGCUUGCCAUGGGUUAUCAAGUGACAUUUGGGAUUCUUCAAGCUGGACAAUAUGGAAUUCCACAAACAAGAAGACGGCUGAUUCUGAUGGCAUCAGCACCUGGUUAUGUUCUUCCAAAAUACCCCGAACCUCAACAUGUGUUUAAUAAAAAAGUAACUCACCUAAGUUUCUCUGUUGAUGGAGAUAUUUACUACAAUGAGUGUUUUUGGACAGAGUCCGCCCCCUACCGCACAAUAACAGUAAAAGACGCUAUGUCAGACUUACCCUCUAUCAAAAAUGGCUGUAGUAAUGUUGAAAUGGCUUAUAAUUGUGAGCCAGAAACCCAUUUUCAAAGAAAAAUGAGAGGCGUUGCUGACUCUGGCUUACUGCGAGAUCACAUUUGUAAAGAAAUGUCAACUUUAGUUGAAGCUAGGAUGUCUCAUAUACCGACAUAUCCAGGUUCUGAUUGGAGGGACUUACCCAACAUAUCCUUAAAAUUAUCAGAUGGAACGAGUACUGUAAAAUUGAAAUAUCUGUACAGAACAAAGAAACAAAAACCAGAAGAUUCACCUCGAGGAGUAUGUCAAUGUGUAACUGGAAAACCAUGUGAUCCAGCAGAUAAGCAGAGUAAUACUUUAAUACCUUGGUGUUUACCUCAUACAGGAGAUCGGCAUAAUCAUUGGGCGGGAUUAUAUGGAAGAUUAGAAUGGGAUGGAUAUUUCGGCACUACUAUUACAAAUCCGGAACCUAUGGGCAAACAGGGUAGAGUUUUACAUCCUAACCAGCAUCGAGUAGUGAGUGUGAGAGAAUGUGCUCGAUCUCAAGGUUUCAGAGAUACAUUCAAAUUUUGUGGGAGCAUUUUGGACAAAUAUCGACAAGUGGGUAACGCCGUACCUCCUCCUCUGGGAGCUGCCAUCGGUAGAGAGAUAGCCAAAGCUUUUCAACUUACUAUGGAUAAACAUCCACCAGAACUACCAAAACAACCACUCACACCACCAGUGCAACCAGCCACACCAUCAGAAAAUGGACAAUUUAUACAAAGUUCAUCAACAUCACCAUUUACACCAGCAAAACCACCAAAAAUUGAGGACUGUGACCUCACAAUAAAUAAUAGUUUCCCACUUUUGUAACAAUGUUUUUAUUUAUAUUUUAAUAUAGAAAUUUGUAAGUUGAAAAUUGAUUCAGACAAUUUAUUAGUGCGAAAAUGUAAUUUUAUAUUUAAUGUAUUAUUUAAAAGUAUUUGUGGAUUUGAUAUUUUUUAUAUACAAAUCAAUCUUUAUAUACACCAAUUGACCUUAAUACGAGUAUAGUUUCUAACUAUGUGAUAAAUUUUAUACAAUUUUAAA